AUGGGGGAAGCCACGAUGGUGGUUUCAGCUGCGCCAGCCGCUCCCGCGGAUGGGGUGUCCGCGGCGGUGCGGAACGCGGAGAUCCGGCGGGGAAUUGCGGCGAUCAAGGCUGAGAGCCAGCGCCAGCGGACAGCAGUCGUUCAGGAUCUUCUGGCAGAGAAUCGGAAAAAACUUCUGGCUAUUAAAGAGAAACAGAUGUCUGCUGCUAGUGCUGCACCUGGGGGUGUUGCCUGGCCACGCCAGCACGAUUUCAGACAGCACUAUCCUAGUCAGCAGCAAGCAAACGGAGAAGCUUCGUCGAGUGCUCCGAAACGCCCAGGCUCGGGAGCAGGUUCGGGUAUGGCAGGUUCGGGUUUGGCAGUCCUAGGAGUAGCUGGUUCGGGCAUGGCAGGUCCGGGGGCGGGAGGUUGGGGUGCAAUUUCAGCAGUACUGAAAGCGAAUGGAAUGACGGGGGAACGAGGGGGAGAAAGAGCAUGGGGAGCAGUAGCAGCAGGAGCAGGAGCAGGGGGGUUGGCAGGGGGGAAUACAGGGGGGAAUACAGGGGGGAAUGCAGCGGGGAGUGGAGUGGGGGGUGCGGGAGGCGGUGCAGGAAGCGGUGCAGGAGGGGGUGCAGGAGGGGGUGCAGGAGGGGGUGGCGGAGGAAGGGGUGGUGGUGGUGGUGGUGAGGUGGUGGCAGCCCCUCGGACGAAUCCCAUCAAGAUGGCAUUAGUGCAGAACGUGCCUAGCUUCACCACCUGGAUCUUCCUUGCUAAGAAUGAGCAGAUUCCAGACGAGCAAUCACUAGUGGGGAGGAGGCGCCUGUACUACGAUGCAGAGAAGGAGGAGACGACUGUGUGCAGCGAGUCGGAGGACGAGGGCCAGCCCAGCAGCAGCCUGCUCAAGGACUUCAGUGCCGUGCAGGACGCCCUCAUAUGUACGAACAAGGGGCACAACGAGGGCCAGCCCAGCAGCAGCCAGCUCAAGGACUUCAGUGCCGUGCAGGACGCACUCAUAUGGAGGACCAUCCAGCAGCACGGUGAUUCUGGGAUUGUGAUUGAGCACCUCGCUUCCUCCCUCAAUGCGCAAGCAGAGCAGGUUCACACGGACCAGCAGCCACCACUGGAGUCCACAGACGUAGGCAAGUCGCCCAUGCCUGCUCAGCCGUGCGGUCCCCUUUGCUUCAUGCAUGUGCCUGCCCUUGUGGCCCUGAAGCUGGCUCGAAUGCAAGCAGCAGAGGAGAAAGCAGCGAAAACCAAGGCAAAAGGCAAGAAAAAGGGGAAGCAGAUUGUUGGUUUCGUGAAACUGGAGGAUGAGGAGGAGGAGGAGGUCGAAUUAUCAGACAACGAGGAGAAGCAGGGGCAGCAGCAGCAGCAGCAGCAGCAGGAGCAGCAGCAGGAGGAGCAGGAGCAGCAGUGCGGUCAGCAGGAGUGGAGUGCGUUGGAGAGGGAGCUACUGAGCAAGGGAGUGCGGAUAUUUGGCGCCAGCAGCUGUGUGCUGGCGAGAACAGUGCUGGCUCACCUCAAGACGUGCUCCCAGAUCGCACACUGCUUGUUGGGGCAGGAGGGGGGAGUCAUUCCUGAAGAAACCCCCACGCCGAUGGGCCGGCAUCGCCGGCGCACUGCCAAGGCGAGGAGGCGUCUGGUGCAGGCGCCGUGGGGGUUCAACAAGGGACGGCGGAAGGGAGUGGCAGGGCAGGCCGUGGUGGUGCAGAGGCUGAAAGCAGAAGCCUCGAAGGAGGGGUGUGGGGGCAAGAAGGGAGGGGCGGGGCAGGCCGUGGUGGUGCAGACAGAGGCUGAAAGCAGUGUCAAGGCGAGGAGGAGGCUGGUGCAGGCACAGUGGGGCCACCACAACAAGUGGCGCAGGAAGGGAGGAAUUCUCUUCCUCUCCUCGCUCCCUCCUCCCCUCCUAUUCUCCUCCCCCCCCUCUCUCCCUCACUCCCUACCCCUCUCGCAGCGUCAGUACGAGCCGUGCAGCUGCAAGGGUCCAUGCGCAAAGGCCACCUGCGAAUGCAUCAUGAGGGGAUGCUUCUGCGAGAAAUACUGCGGGUGUGCCCAAGCGUGCAAGAACCGCUUCCGAGGCUGCAACUGUGCCAAGAGCCACUGCUCUUCGCGCCUCUGCCCCUGCUUUGCUGCGUCCAGGGAGUGCGACCCUGACCUGUGCCGGAACUGCUGGGUAGACUGUGGGGAUAACCGUGAGGGGGCUGUGCUGCCCCUGCCACUGCCUGUGAGGGAGAAAAACUACGACUGCCACAACAUGCGCUUGCUGCUGCGCCAGCACCAGCACAUUCUCCUGGGCCCCUCGGACGUGGCAGGCUGGGGAGCCUUUAUCAAGAAUGAGGUUGCGAAGAACGACUAUGUUGGGGAGUACACAGGCGAGCUGAUAUUGGAGGUGGAGGCGGAGAGGAGGGGAAAGAUCUACGACCGCAUGAACAUCUCCUUCCUGUUUGAUCUCAACAAAAAGUAUGUGCUGGAUGCAUUUCGCCGAGGCAACAAGCUUAAAUUUGCCAACCAUUCUCUCACGCCUAAUUGCCAUGCAAGGGUUAUCAUGUCUGGUGGUGAUCAUCGAGUGGCUAUUUUUGCUGGAGAGCGGAUUGAAUCCGGAAAAGAAUUGUUUUACGACUAUGGGUAUGCAUCUAACUGCACGCCUUUAUGGGCACUCAAGCUUGGAACAGCCUCACUCACUCCAGCGAUAGCCCAGGGGGCAGAUGCGGCCUCCACCGGCUGUACCGUCUCCACGUCGGCGGUAUCCUGCCCGGCGGGAUUCACGGGCGGCGCAUUCGCGCUGAACGCGCAAGCGUACAUCGCGGGCGCAGGCCGAGAAAACGCGCUCGUCAUGGGCGCGGCCGGAACCGCGGACAAGGGAUCCGCGGGUUCCGCAUUCACUACCGCCGCGCUCUCGCCUCCGCUCGGCGGAGGAGGCUCCUUUUCGGCGCGCUUCACGUUCCAGCUGGAGGGGCAGAACGAGGCUGACGUGGCAACGGGGCUUGCUUUCGUCAUCAUUGGCGGAACCAACACCGCCGUCGGAUCGCCCAGCUCUGCAGGCUACGGCGGCGCGGCCUUCGAUGCCAGCCUGGCAGUGGUGCUGAGCGGCCGCCCGCCCAUCUCUGCCGGCCUGCUGCUGGGCGGCAAGGCGGACGGCACUGCCGGAUGGACGGCACUCAACCCCUCGUCGCCUGACGCACCGCAUCUCCUGGUCCCGGGGGUGCAGCAGCACGCCUGGGUGGACUACGACGCCUCCCUUUCCACCCUCCGCCUCUUCCUCAGUGGCUCCUCCCCCACCAAACCUGCAGCCCCGGUGCUCUCCGAGCCUGUCGACCUGCCUCGGGCGCUCGGCUUGGCCCCAGACGGCAGCUGCCCAGACGGCAUUGGCGCGGAUGCGGUGGGCGGCGGUUGUCUGUUUGUGGGGUUCACGGGAGGGUCGGCAGCAGUGGAUAGAACCGAGCUGGCAGCAGCAGGGGUGGUCCCCGGAGGGGAGCUCCUUCAGACCGUUGACUCGCUUGACUUCAGAUUCCUCCCCGCUGGCGCUACAGUCAGCGCUACAGCCGGGGCUGCAGACGCUACAGCCGGCGGCGCUACAGCCAGCGCUACAGCUGAUGCCACCACUGCGGCCACUGCUGAUGCUACCAGCACUGCAUCACGUCUCCCCCAUUCCGCCGACAUCAGCAGUGCAACAGUAGCUUCCUUCGGGGCCACUGACCCCUCUGCUGCUGGUGGCGGCCUCUUCUCAGUCGCCUCUGUCGAUACCGGCUCUGGCAUCGGUGGUCUCACCGCCUCGGCCGCUCCUGCCCCUGCUCCGUCCGCAUCCUCUUCCCCUGCCGCCUGCAACGUCACUGCCACCAGCAUCUCGUGUGCUGGUUUCUCCUCCUCUGCUUCCUCAUCGCCCUUCUUUGUGCUUUCCGGGGCUGCUCAGGUCGGGCCCGGACCGAACUUCCCCAUCUGGCUCGACACUACCACCAAUGCUGCCGGCUGCGCCUUCUCCAUCCCGAGCCUCAGCCUCAGCCUCGGCAGCGGACCGGUGGCGUUUGAGGCGGCGUUUUCGGUGUCGUUUGCGGCGAGUGCGGAUUACAACAGCUGGGGCAGUCGAGGGCUCGCGUUUGUGCUCACUGCCGGGGACAAGACCGCCUGUGGCCGCAGCUCCGCCAGCAACAUCGGCUACGGAUCAGCCCCCAACGCGUCCUUUGCUAGGAGCCUAGCGGUGGAGCUGAGGGCGCGGCCGACGGCGUGUGUGGCGGUGGUGGUGGGCGGGCAGGUGGCCGGCGACAACUGUGCCGACUCCGAUGCCAUGGCGCUGCUGCCGCCAGGGCAGGCCUUCACUUUGAACGAGCCGCAGUAUGUGUGGGUGAGUUACGACGGCAGCACUGGCACACUCCAGGUGUUUGUGUCCCCCGGCGCCCCCACCAAGCCCACGGCACCUGUGCUGGUGGCGCCCAUCGAUGUGGCAGCCGUGCUGGGCGGCACGGCAGGACUGUCGGUGUCGGUGGGGUUCACAGGCGCGUCGUGGUGGACGUGGGUGGACGACCUGGAAGACCACAUCAUCCACUCCCUCUCCUUCCAAGCGGUCCCCCCCGGGUCCCAGCAGUCCCUACCGCCCUCCCCUGCGCCCACCACGUGCCACCUCGUCCCCUCCAACACGCGUCUCACCUGCUCGGGCUUUGCGGGUCGCUCAGCCUUCUGCCUCAACGGCUACGCCCACGUGGGGCCCGCCCCCUCCUUCCCGCUCGUCCUCGACACCGGCGGCACCGCUGGCAGCGCACUCACCCUCGCUGACCUGGCGCUCUCGCUGGAUUCGUCCACGUCAGCAGUGACUGACCCAGCAGCAGCGGCGUCAUCAGUGGCGUUUGAGGCAGCGUUUGCGUUCUCGGUGUGGACGGAAACGUCGUAUGGCUACCGGGGCAGCCGAGGGCUGACUUUUGUUGUCACCAGUGGUGACAAGACAGCAUGCGGUUCGAGCGACAUGGGAGCCAUAGGGUACGGGGGAGCAGCACCAGGGGCGUUCAACGGGAGUGUGGCAGUGGAACUGCGGUCGGGGCCCACCUCGUGUGUGGCUGUGGUGGUGAACGGCAUGGCUUCAGGCGACAACUGCGCUGCUGCUGACCAGAUGACCGGCCUUACAGGCGAUCAGGAGAUUGCACUGGGCGAGGUGCAGCACGCGUGGGUGGCAUACGACGGCACAUCCCAGUCGCUGGAGGUCUAUCUGGGCGGCAGCGACGGCAUAAAGCCCGAGGAGCCGGUGCUAAGGGCGGCGCUGGAUCUUGUGGCUGUCAUUGGUGCCACGUCAGCGUCUGUGGGCUUCACAGCUGGCACGUGGUGGUGGGGAUGUGGCGACACGGAUGACCACCACCUCAUCCACUCCUUCACCUUCAACACGGUCGCACCCGGGUUCCUGCCAGGAGCGCAGCCCACACCAACGCCCACGUGCGAAACCACUGCCUCCUCGCUGCACUGCACUGGUUUCGCCGGCAGCACACCCUUUGACCUCAACGGCUACGCCCAGCUGGGCCCGGCGCCGCUCUUCCCGCUGUGGCUCGACUCGUACGAUUCGGUCGGCUCUGCUCUCUCCCUCGCGCCCCUCUCCCUCCUCACCGCCUCCAACCGCUCCACCGCCUUUGAAGCCGCCUUCUCCUUCACCUUCCUCGCUGAUGCAUGCAUUCCUAUCCCGGUCACGGGUCGAGGAUUCACAUUUGUGCUCACAAGCGGCCCACCCUCCGCCGUCGGACCACAGAAUGCAAGUUCCCUGGGCUACGGGUCGGCAGGAGGGGCGUUCCUCAAGAGUGUGGCAGUGGAGUUUCGCCUGUGCCCCGUACCCUGUAUAGCCGUCUCCUCUAAGGGAGUCGUGGCAGGAGACGGUUGCGCUGGUGCCGAUUCCUUCACCGUCCUUCCCCCAGAGAAGGCCUUCCCUCUCAACACUCAGCAGUACGCCUGGGUGAACUACGAGGGGGCGUCUCAGACUCUCAACGUGUUCCUGGGGGGAUCAUCCAAAGUCAAGCCAGGUGUACCAACGCUCACUGCCCACGUGGACAUUGAAACCAUCCUGGGCGCCACGUCAGCAUCCGUGGGGUUCACAGGUGGCACGUGGUGGGGGCAGGACAUGGCGAGCGAGCGGCAUAUUAUUCACCAACUCAGCUUCGUGGGAGGCACCUUCCUGGAAACGACCAAUGUAACGGCAGAGCUGACAGGCGCCUUUGCCUACUCCAACGAAACAGACCUUUCUCUCUUCACCACCACCGCACCCACCGCCACUCCCACCGCCACUCCCACCGCUACACUCACCACGACCACCACCACUACCACCACCUCUCUCUCUUCCACGGAUGCUCUUGCCACUACCGGAACCACGGGAGGGGCGGCGAUGCUCUCAGAGUUAUCGCCCGAUGCCACGCGCGGUACAGUGGAGUUCCGCUUCACGGCUGCCACCUCCUCGGGGCCUCAGUCCUUCGUUGGUCGCCGCCGCAUUGUUGCCUCCCGCCCUGUGGUGCGAGCACAUGUGUACGUGUCCAACAUGGAGGAUCGCCCCAUGGCUGACGUGGCAGUGACGGCACGCAUCACCUACCCCAACGGCACCGACGCCUCCCGGUGCUUCGUCUUCAGUGAUCCGCUUCUGCAGGGGAUUGACGAUUUCAGCGGUGCAGGCACCCUCCCUUCUGCCACAUCAGCGAGCGUUGACUGGCUGCUUCUUGCUCUGGACUGCGCCGCGCCUACCGCUCCCACCAACUUCAAAUUCGCCAGCACGCUGGACUACACGCUACCUGCAUCAGCAUCAGCACCAGCAUCCAGCAAGAGGGUGGAGCUGACGAGUGUGCGAGUGACGGUGGUCCCUUCACCCAAGCUGCAAGUGCAUUACUUUGUGCCCCGGCACGUGCAAGGCGACGACCUCACCACUCCUCAGGUGGAGGCGCCAGUGCCAGUGACGCUAGCAGCACUCUUCCACAACUCGGGCCACGGCACGGCUGCUGCUGUCGCCACACAGUCUCUGCUGCCCACUGCUGCCAGCACCACCACCACUGCCAGCGCACCCGCCGCUGACACGGGCGCUACAACUGCAACGGGUGACACGACCAGUGCUGCCAUGAGUUUCAGCAUCACCAACACUGUGCUGGGUACUGAGCCUCAGCCAGCAUCCUUCUCCGUGAAGGUGGGAAGUAUCCCCCCUUCCACUACAGCCAUGGUGCGCUGGACCAUAGAGGCCAGCCUCACAGGCACAUUCGAUACUGUCACCACAACCAUCACCUCCUCCUCCUCCCCUCUCACCGGCCUCUCCCCCAUUCUCGAGUCGGUUGACAUUCACAACCUCGUGCACGUUGUCUAUCUGCCCGACGCCGCUUCAGACGACGGAUUGCCGGAUUUCCUGGUGGAUGAUGAUGGGGACGAGCAGCCGGAGGCCAUCUACAGCAGCGCUGGUAACCGCGUGCUGCCCGUAACCGCCGUGCCAAACGCCGCUCUCACGCUUAGCCGCCCGCUCUUCACCAGCGAGACCCGUGCCAAGCUCACUGUCGCUGUGAACUGGUCGGCCCUCGCAGCACCAGCGGCAGCAGGUGGGUGGGCGCACAUGUCAUUUGCAUCGCAGCUGCCAUCGCACUGCUGGAAUCUCACCGCUGCUCUCCGAUCCAACGGCUCUCAGCUGCCCGUGCCCUUCAACGCCUGGUCCUCCUUCUCCUCCUCCCCCGCUGGCACUGCUCUCACUGGCACUGCUGCUGCCCCUGCCCCUUCCACCGCCUCUGCUGCUGCUGGCACUGCUACUGGUCCCUCUUCUACCGACACCACUCACAUUCUCGACUUUGUCUCCUCGCCCUCCUACACUCUCUUCUUCUCUUUCUUCGAUCAGACCCUCUCCUUCCCCCACCUCUCCCCUUGCUUCCAGGCUGUCAUGCCCCCCCCUCCUUCCCCCCCCAACCCUCCCCCCUCCCCUCCCCCCUCGCCCGCCCCCCCGCCCCCCUCCAAACCCCCCAAGGCCUCCCCCGAACCCCUCCCCUCCGCCCCGUCCUCCUCCAAGUCCUUCCCCCCCUCCCCGGCCCCCUCCCAGCCCCCCCAAGCCCCCUUCUCCUCCCCCUCGCCCUCCCCCCAAUCCCCCGAAACCUCCUCCGCCCCCUUCUCCUCCCCCUCGCCCUCCCCCAAAUCCCCCGCCAAACCCCCCCUCACCACCGCCCCCCAAACCCCCAUCUCCCCCACCCAAACCUCCACCAAACCCUCCCCCGAACCCACCGCCUCCCAAGCCUCCGUCCCCUCCCCCUCGCCCUCCCCCCCGUCCCCCUCCAAGUCCCCCGCUCCCGCCCCCACCCCCCAGGCCUCCUUCCCCCCCGCCUCGCCCUCCCCCCCGCCCUCCCCCAAGCCCUCCCCCCAAGCUUGUCUAGAAGCCCCCACUCACAUGGUGAUUUACUUGGCUCGGGCUUGUGCUUUGGGGAAGUCAUCUUCGCCUGUGCUUUGGGGAAGUCAUCUUCGCCUGUGCUUUGGGGCCGUCAAGUGUAGCAAACUAAGGUCGAGGGCUCUGAAGGGGGUUCUCAAAGUUGCUAUCGAGAUGACUCUCAGAUUUUUGUGUUUGAGCCGAUUCAGGCAACGCUUUGGAUGA